CCGCGCGCCCGCCAUGCUGAUCACGCUGUGCUAUCUGUACCUGUGGGCGCGCUGGGGGCCGCGCUCGGCCGCGCUCGUCCGCAGCACCGUGCGGAGGCUGCACCGCUCCCGCUGCUCCUUCACCUUCUGCGCCCGCCAGCCGCACCCCGAGGAGCGCGUCUGCCUCCGCGUCGGCGGAAAGGUGUUCUGCACCGGCGAGGCGCAGUUCCUUGAUGACUUAAACAGGUGGAGUGUGCUUCUCAUUUCUCCUUUUAUUUACCCUGAGAAGUUGCUCACAGCAGAACACAUAGCUUUUGUGACAGAAAGCAUUUCUGCUCAGACAGAGAACGUGCAGAAAGGACCUGAUUCUUCGAAGGAGAUUGUGAAGUGGUCAGACUUUUGUUCACCCUUGGCCUAUAAACCUGGUGAACCUUUUAAGUUAAUUGCUGAAGCAAGUGUAGAUAAUUUCAGUAGCCUUGGAAUAGCCUUCCUGGAAGACAGGCUGCAGAUGGAUAACGGGAUGGUGCCACACAGGAUUGUUUCUGUCUAUUUACAGGAAUCUGCUCUGAAGGAGUUGGCCCAGGAGGCACCAUCCGUGAAAGAGCAAAGUGCAGACAUGGAUGCAGUAACUCCUGCUGGGAAAUCAGGAUUAGGACGAGGUGAGGAGGAGAAAUCCAAGCUGGAGGAAGGAAGGGAGCAUGAGGAUGAAGUCACCAGCCGGUGUGACAAGGAGCCAGGAGCUGGGGAACAUCACCACUUGCACCUUUCCAGCUGCCACGAGUGUCUGCAGCUUGAAAACAGCACCAUCGAAUCCGUGAAAUUCGCCUCUGCAGAAAACAUUCCAGAGCUUCCUGAUGAUUGCAGCAGCAAACUGGAGGAGAAGGAGGAUGAAUGUCUGGAAAAAGGAAUAAAGAGGGUAAACCUUGCUGGAAAACCCCCUAAUAUAUUGAUCUACCUGGGCUCUGAGACUGCCAAAGAGAGGUUUGAGCAGGUGAAAUCAGUCCUCAGGGAAUGCAUCGAUGCUGAGAGCUACACCAUCUACCAGCUGCAGCAGGAGCAAGUGCUCAAAGAUCCCUGGAUUGAGAACUCCCUGCUGCUGGUCAUUGCCACAGAGGAGCCCAUUCCUGAGGGGAGCCACAAGCAAUUUAUGAAAUUUUUGUCUAAAGGGGGGAAGAUUCUUGGGUUUUCUUCGUCCUUCACCUUUGGGGGCAUGCAGAUAAAGCGCAAAAACAAACUGAGGAAGGCUGUGCAUGAGCUGGUGGUCUCUAAAAAGGACAGCCCUGAGGUGAAGUUGAACCUGCUGGUCAGUGGCUGUGUUUUUGAGCAAGGGAUGAAGGAAGAUGCCAGCAGAGUGAAGACAUUGAGUCGAUUAAACAAUGCUGAUGAAGACACAGUUAUUGUGCAUCUGACUUAUGGGAGCAGUGGAGGAGAAGCCGUCCUUUCCCAGGCCCACUUGGAACUGGACAGCAAUUCCAUGGAUGUGCAAACUGAAGAGGAUUUUAAUUUGCUCAAGAUGAGCAAUUCCAAGAGAUACGAUGUUCUCAAGGAGAUCCUGACAUCCCUUGGGCUGAGAUGUGAACUGAGUGAAAUUCCUGUGUUAGCACCCAUUUUCCUGCUCUCUCCAGAUGAGGAAAUCCAUCUUGCUUUCCUGAAAUGGCUGGAGGGAAACGUGGAUGCUGAGGGAUUAAGGGCAUCCAGCAAGGUGUCUCUGAAAUUUGUUUCGUCCUGUGAGUCCAAAGUGGAAGUGACUCCGUCCCUGAUGCCAGUGGUCACGGAGGUGGGAAGUUUCUCCUCAGAACAUUUCAGCCUGAAGACCUAUCAGGAGCAUCUCCAAACCAAGAAGCUGGGAAAGAUCCUUCUUUUCACUGAGGUGACCACGACAACCAUGGAUCUUCUGGAUGGGUUAAUGUUCGAGUUGCCUGAGGAGAUGGGUUUAAUAGCGGUGGCUGUUCGACAAACACAAGGGAAAGGUCGUGGUGGAAAUGUUUGGCUCAGUCCCGUGGGCUGUGCCCUGUCCACUCUGCACAUCUCCAUCCCUCUACAUUCCAACCUAGGCCAGAGAAUUCCUUUUAUCCAACACCUGGUGUCCUUGGCAGUGGUAGAGGCAGUCAGGUCAAUACCAGGAUAUGAGGACAUUGAGCUGCGAGUUAAGUGGCCAAAUGAUAUUUACUACAGUGAUCUGAUGAAGCUCGGUGGAGUUCUGGUCAACUCAACACUCGUUGAAACAACGUUUCAUAUUCUCAUUGGCUUUGGCUUUAAUGUGAAUAACAGCAACCCCACCAUCUGCAUCAAUGAUCUCAUUGCAAAGUUUAACAAGGAAGAGGGGACAGAGCUGAAGCCUCUGAGUGCAGACUGUCUCAUUGCAAGGACUGUGACUGUGCUGGAGAGGCUCAUAGAGAUUUUUCAGGAGAAGGGGCCCAAUGGAGUUCUUCCCCAGUACUACAAGUAUUGGAUACACAGCGGGAAGCAGGUCCGUCUCCGCGGUGAGGAGGGCCCGCUUGCCUGGAUCGUUGGGAUAGAUGACUAUGGAUACCUCCAGGUGCAUGAGGAGGGCAAGGGCGUCGAGUCUGUGCACCCAGAUGGCAACUCCUUUGACAUGCUGAGGAACCUCAUUGUCCCCAAGCACUGACAGCCCUCAGGGAGCUCUUUAGUACUGGGCACCGUCACCUAAGCCUGUGCAAGGCGGGAAGGGUCACUGAAAGUUUCAUUUUUUCCUUCUGAUUUUCUGCUGUCUCUGUGUUUGCCAUGGAUAACUUCAGCAACUGAAAAGAGGUUGUGGUCUCGUAGCUAAAGGCCUUUGUUCUUUUUAUUAACCUUAAAGCACACCUAUGUUGGCAUUCUUUGUAAGGAUCUUUGAGAGGAGUCUGACUGCAAAGGAGUAUUUGUAGUGAACAGAACUUUCUCUUCAUUUACACCCUGUAAAUGGAGAGACAGAAGUGGAUAAAUAUUUCCUUUUUUUUUGUUUCUGUGGUUUUAUGAUACUUUAGCACAAUGCAGGACAAUAUUUACUUUUUCACUUCAGUUUUUUUUUAACUGAAUCCUGCUUUUUGUGUUGUCUGCACUAAAACCAGCUGGAACAUCACAUACUCCUGAAUUGCUGGGAUCACCACUGUGCUUAACUCCAGGUCUAAGUGAAGAUCCUUGCUGAUUUGGUUCUUCUCUCUGUAGACCUCUACAAUAAUUUACCAACCUGUGCUUUGAUCUCAGGUCUGCAACUCUUAAUGGCUGCCUUGAGUUUUUGGGAGAGUGUUCCAUCAGCACUUAGGAGCUUGGUUAUCCAAGUGACUUGCUCUCCUUAGGCAGUUGGAUCUGAGUAAAUCAUCUCACCUGUCCUUUAAAUCAUGGUUUUCCACGAGGUUUCAGCCCCUGGAAGAAAAGCCCACUGGAGCAGUGUCACACCCAAGUUAUUGCAGAAUCCCAUUAUCAGGGGAGGGAACCUCUAAUUAAUUUAGAAUUUAGUGGUAAUUAUAUUAUGAUCUCAGUGAAGUUAAGUGAAUGAAUAAAUAAAGAGAAUAAAUGAAAUUCCCUGCUGCAAACAAGUACUCCAGUGAAAAAGAGAAAUCCCACCGUUCCCCCAUGUCCAAAUUCUCUUCCAUAGUUCUGUUGUCACCCCCUUUCCCAAGCCGCUGUCUGGAUUUGCUGCUAAGCACUAAAAGCAAGAGCUUUAACACCUGCUGACUUGAAAGCAGCUCAUUUUGGGGCUGCCUGCACAUUUCCAGGUGGGGGAACAGCCUGGGAAUUCUGGAGCAGCCACGUGGGAGCUCCGGUGCCUCGGCGGGGUUUUCUCCCAAGGAGACUUGGCCACCACAGCUCCCCAGACAAUUCUGUGCUAAGCAGGUUUGUCCCAGGUGUGAUGUGGCUGCCUUCUUUUCUUUUUUUUCAUGGAGAAUCAGCCGAAUUGGUUUCCAGAGAGGAAACUACUGUCUGCCAGCCAGAAAUGGGGUUUUUAGGUUAAAGUUCACCUCAUAAACAAUCCAAACAUUUUAGGUUGUUUCAGCUACAAAGCCCAGAAGUCUUAAAAGAAGGAAACUUGUCUGUAAUGGCAAUUUUGACCAAUCCUCACUUAUUAGGGUUUAGGUGGUUUGGCAGCAAGAGUAGAAAUUAAGUUGUCCCUGUUACAUUUAGGGUUUCAUGCUCCAUCUCACAGAUUUGUCCUGAUUGUCCAUACCCUGCUGGGGUUUUUUUCUCCCGUGAUCCAAAUCAUGUGAAGCUGCACACCAGCAUCUCCUAGAACUGCACAGCCAGCUGUUAAUUGCCAUAAUUAAAUUUAUACACCAACGUUGGCUUUUUUCACACCAGAUGCUUUCAAAACUGCUUCGGGCUGAGAACGUUUGGCAGCUACCUUUGAUUUCAGAAUUCAAUAUCGAUGCCUGUUGUAAUCAACUGAAACUCCAGCCUGGCUUAACAAAGCUUCAAUAAAGAGAAGAACCCAUAUAUUUAUAUAGAGAUCUAUAAAAAAUGGGUGUGCACGUGCACACUCACAUCUUCCUGGUGCAUCCUCACUUAUUUUCUGCCUUUUCCUUCACGAGCAACCUGUGCUGCUGCAGGACAGCUGAGGACAGCAGAGCUCUGGUGCCGCUUUUCCAACCACAGAGUGCUACAAAACUUCACCUUAACCCAGAAUUUGUAGCUAAAACUGUCUCAGCUUUAGAAUUUGCCUGGAGGGAUUGAACAACCAGGUCAUGCCUCAGGCUGGGACUUGAGUGGCUUCUUUAAAACACAUCCUCCCUUCACCAGGGACAAAGACAAAGAUGGGGAAAAGGAUAAAACAUGGGAAUUUCAGAAGGGCAGAAUGGACUUGCAAAGCUUCAGUGGCUGAGCAGCAGCAGAGGGAUUUUUUAAUAGCAAAAUGCUGCCACAUUUCCUGGUUGCUGUUGUUUAGGAUUCCUUUGUAGCUGCCUUAAUGAUGAGCUGGUUCUGUUCUCACCUGGAGUUGUCAGGUUAUUCCCAAAAUUUUUGCACUGGGGAGAAAUUUAGCGUGGAAUUUCCUUCCCACAAGGGAGAACUCCCCAAACCUGCAUGUGCCAGAGCACAGGGGGUGCUGUGGGAACCACUUUGCCUUUUCAGUGGCCUCUUCUGCUGUCUCAGGCUUCCAGCCUGGGUUUGGAGGAAGGGUUUGUUGCUUUCCCUUUGGAAGAACCAAAGACAAGGAGAAUUCCCAUGGGACAAAGAGCAGCUGGAUAAAGUCCUUGUGGAUGAGUCCUUGGAGAAGCCCCUGACCUCUGUCAGGUAGAUGGGAAGCACAGGAGUCUGACUCUUCCUCUGCCAAACUCGGCACGCCCACAAAGCCACAACAUUUUUGCAGGAAAAUCCUUGUUUUUCUUGUUCUUUAUGUGUGACAGACAAAUGUGGUGUGGGGUGUCCCUGGAUGUGGGGAUGGAGAGAUCCAGACAACUCCAGGCCCGGGAAUAAUGCACUGAAAAUGUUUCAUUUCAUUCAGCUGUCUGGAUUAGUAAAACACCUCUUCCAUUGUGAGGCUGAGGUCAUAUCUUAAACUAUUUUCUUGAUGAAGUGCUUUCAAAAAACCCAUUUAUUACGCUGUCCAUAUUUCUGUGACUUCAUUUUUUUCCUGCUGGCCUCUGCUAGAACAUUUCUCAUGGUGAAAACAUUUGUGGGGGUUGUUUAUUGAUAGGAAAACCUCUGGGUGUGUUGGCACGUGUGCAUGUUCAGGGUGGGUCGUGCCCAGUCAGCAACAAAGCUGCUUCCAAAGAUUUGAAAAAGUAAUAAUGUACUUCACAUUUCAGAGCUCAGGCAGCACAUCUCGCUUCUAGUAAAGGUUUUAUAAGACUUCAGAGGGUUUGUUUUUUUUAAAUAUAUCCAGCAAAUCAAGGGCUAUUACCUGGAAAUAAUAUUAAAGCAUUUAAUUCUUUCUGCUGCUGCUUCACUGGACAAAAAUUCAUUUCUCCACUUUCUCUGAUUCAGCUGCAUCAGCAGCCUAAAAAAAAAAUUGCUUUUUGCAACUCCUUGGGAGCUCUCUCUAAUCAAAAUAUCUGUCAUGGGCAAGAUUUGUGCUGCUUCCUGGGGGUGACUUGGUUUGAUAAGAGCAUUUGCAUGUGUAAGUGGUGCUGGGAAUGCACUGCCUUGGUCAGACACCAAAGAAAUUAAAUCUGGGCCCAGGAAAGAGCAGAGGUCAAAAAAUGAUGGAGAAAAGAGAACUGCAGGGAAGAAUUGUCAAGUAUUGAGUAUCUCAUUAGUGAUUCUGUGUUAUUUGCAUCCUCCAAGUGUCUUCAUUUAAAAGGCAACGUGGCAAAAAUACAAUAAAUUGAGAAAAAAAUCUGUGUGUUUUCUAGGACAUUAAUUGUCAAUUAUGGAACAUGGGACUGCUGAAAUAAAUUUUCAAAUCUGAACCAUU